AAUGAAAGAAAGAAGCCAUGGCUCCUGGUAACCCGGAUAAGGCCACCGAAUCGUUCUACUGGACACCAACACUGGGAAUUCAUUUUUUGAGGUCAAUUUCCAAUCGAGAUAAAUCUAUUGGAUUAGUAGGAUUAUCUGAUCGCAGCUCACAGAAGUAACGUUGUUUGAUCGUUUGUAUUUUCUUGCCUGGUGGUGGGAAUUAAACGGAUGCGGCUUUGGUUCUCCAGAAUUCUAGAUCGUGGCAGCGUCUGGAGAGAAAAAAGCAUCAAUCCACACGUUUAGGAAGUGUCCGUGGGUGAAUAAAGAGAGAGGGGGAGGUGGAACCGGGCUUGCGGCUGCUUAAAGAAAAAAAAAAAAAAUAAAUAAAUAAAUAAGGGAAGCGUCUUGAAUUCUGAAACAAGAAUUACCCAGUUCCUGAGGUUGCAAAGAAAGCAUCUACAAACUGGUAAAUACUUUGGCCAUUUCGGCUUGAAUUUGAAGGCGAAGUGUUGUUAAAACUGUCUCCUUGAAUAAUUGAAAAGACUAGGGGAAGAUGAGGGGGCUCCCGCCGCGAACGUUUCUCGCUGAGGGAUAUAGACCCACAGUUAACUGGAUUUGAUUUAUAUGAGGGAAAAUACAGUCAAUGGCUCCUCCCACCACAAUGCUACUAUGGAAAACAGAAUGGUCACUAGGAGACGGUCUGAUGAAUAGUGAUGAUUGAAGAUGCUGCUUCAAUCUGUGUGAAAUCAGUGGGAGCUGCUUGCUGCAUAAAGAGUACUCUGAGAUUUCCUUAACAAGCUAACAUUGGAGAAGCUGGAGGUGCAUUCUACCAUCAUUUCAUCUUUCUCAAGUGGAUACAAAUAUAUUUGCCUCAUUGCACCAGACAAAUAGACAACUAAUGUGGGACCAUGGCACUUCCCAGAUGCAUGUGGCCAAAUUAUGUUUGGAGAGCCAUGAUGGCAUGUGUGGUACACAGGGGAUUGGGUGCCCCAUUGGCUUUCUGUUUGUUGGGAUGUUUUCUACAGACUGUCCAUGUGCUCUCUCAAAAAUUGGAUGAUGUAGAUCCAUUGGUUACUACUAACUUUGGCAAGAUAAGAGGGAUCAAGAAGGAACUCAAUAAUGAAAUUUUGGGGCCUGUCAUUCAGUUUCUUGGGGUUCCAUAUGCUGCUCCACCAACAGGUGAACAUCGUUUUCAGCCUCCAGAGCCACCAUCUCCCUGGUCUGAUAUCCGGAAUGCCACCCAGUUUGCUCCUGUAUGUCCCCAGAAUAUCAUCGAUGGCAGAUUGCCUGAAGUUAUGCUUCCUGUGUGGUUCACUAAUAACUUGGAUGUGGUUUCAUCAUAUGUUCAAGACCAGAGUGAAGACUGCUUAUAUUUAAACAUCUAUGUGCCAACUGAAGAUGUAAAAAGAAUAUCCAAGGAAUGUGCCAGAAAACCCGGCAAGAAAAUAUGUAGAAAAGGAGGUCCCCUUACAAAGAAACAGACAGAUGAUUUAGGUGAUAAUGACGGUGCUGAAGAUGAAGAUAUUCGGGACAGUGGGGGUCCCAAGCCAGUGAUGGUAUACAUCCAUGGUGGCUCUUACAUGGAAGGCACUGGAAAUCUAUAUGAUGGAAGUGUCUUGGCAAGCUAUGGCAAUGUGAUCGUCAUCACAGUCAAUUAUCGGCUUGGGGUACUUGGUUUCUUGAGCACAGGGGAUCAGGCUGCCAAAGGAAACUACGGGCUCCUUGACCUCAUCCAGGCCCUAAGAUGGACUAGCGAGAACAUUGGGUUCUUUGGUGGGGACCCAUUGCGAAUCACUGUUUUUGGAUCAGGCGCUGGGGGUUCAUGUGUCAACCUGCUGACUUUAUCCCAUUAUUCUGAAGGUAACCGUUGGAGCAAUUCAACCAAAGGACUUUUUCAACGAGCAAUAGCUCAGAGUGGAACAGCUCUUUCAAGCUGGGCUGUUAGUUUCCAGCCUGCAAAAUAUGCUAGAAUGCUGGCCACAAAGGUUGGCUGCAAUGUGUCAGAUACAGUAGAGUUAGUGGAAUGUCUUCAGAAGAAGCCUUACAAAGAACUUGUUGAUCAAGAUGUUCAACCAGCCAGAUACCACAUAGCCUUUGGACCUGUGAUCGAUGGGGAUGUAAUACCAGAUGAUCCUCAGAUACUGAUGGAACAAGGAGAGUUCCUCAACUAUGAUAUAAUGUUAGGAGUUAACCAAGGGGAAGGGUUGAAGUUUGUUGAAAAUAUAGUAGAUAGUGAUGAUGGUAUAUCAGCCAGUGAUUUUGACUUUGCUGUUUCUAAUUUUGUUGAUAAUUUAUAUGGAUAUCCUGAAGGCAAAGAUGUUUUGAGAGAAACCAUUAAAUUCAUGUAUACUGACUGGGCUGAUCGCCAUAACCCUGAAACAAGAAGGAAGACAUUGUUGGCUUUGUUUACGGACCAUCAGUGGGUAGCACCCGCUGUGGCUACAGCAGACCUUCACUCGAACUUUGGUUCACCUACAUACUUCUAUGCCUUUUAUCAUCAUUGCCAAACAGAUCAAGUUCCAGCUUGGGCUGAUGCAGCUCAUGGAGAUGAGGUUCCCUAUGUGUUGGGAAUCCCCAUGAUUGGCCCUACAGAGUUAUUUCCUUGCAAUUUCUCCAAGAAUGAUGUGAUGUUGAGUGCAGUAGUAAUGACAUAUUGGACGAAUUUUGCUAAAACAGGUGACCCAAAUCAACCAGUUCCUCAAGACACAAAAUUCAUUCAUACCAAACCCAACCGAUUUGAAGAAGUAGCAUGGACCAGAUAUUCCCAGAAAGACCAACUUUAUCUCCAUAUUGGAUUAAAACCAAGAGUCAAAGAGCAUUACAGAGCCAAUAAGGUGAAUCUAUGGUUGGAGCUGGUACCUCAUCUGCAUAAUCUGAAUGACAUUUCUCAGUAUACCUCCACAACAACUAAAGUGCCAUCAACGGACAUCACUCUCAGACCUACAAGGAAGAAUUCCACACCUGUCACAUCAGCCUUUCCCACUGCCAAACAGGAUGAUCCCAAACAACAGCCCAGUCCCUUCUCGGUGGACCAGAGGGACUACUCCACAGAGCUGAGUGUCACCAUUGCUGUGGGAGCAUCUCUGCUGUUUUUGAACAUCUUGGCCUUUGCGGCACUGUACUACAAAAAGGAUAAGAGGAGACAUGACGUCCACCGUAGGUGUAGCCCUCAGCGCACAGCCACCAACGACUUGACCCAUGCUCCAGAAGAAGAGAUCAUGUCCCUCCAAAUGAAGCACACUGAUUUGGAGCAUGAGUGUGAGUCCAUCCAUCCACACGAGGUGGUUCUUAGGACCGCCUGCCCCCCAGAUUAUACCCUAGCUAUGAGGAGGUCACCUGAUGAUGUUCCUUUAAUGACACCUAACACCAUCACAAUGAUUCCCAACACUAUACCAGGGAUUCAGCCCCUACACACAUUCAAUACAUUUACUGGAGGACAGAACAAUACACUGCCCCAUCCCCACCCCCACCCUCAUUCACAUUCAACAACCAGGGUAUAGCCAGAUGAGAGAGACAAACUGAUUUUUUUUUCUGAUGGAGUGCAGUGAAAGAUUACUGAAGAUUCCUUGGCUUUCAACUUGGAAGACUCUCACUAUUUAACUAAGGAGGAAUAUUAUGUGAAUAUACAUAUCAAGAACUUUGGGGGUUUUGAAAAAUGAAUUGUAUAUAGAUAUACACACAAAUCAACUUUAACAAAACAAAUUUCAAUUGCUUGAAGCAAUUGUCCUGAAUGAUACCUUUUCAUUCACAUUCAAGAAUUAAUUUGUUGAAGAUUAAUUUACAUACUGGAGCUAGGCAUGUGGAACACCAAACAGGAAAGUACUGUGUCUGAAAUACUUUAAAAAAAAAAACAAAACAAAAAAGAAAAGCAAAAUUAAAAUCAACUAUGAAUAUGCACAAGGGACACACCAAUGGAAUGUCAGAUAAUUUUCGUCAGUUUUCAUUUGGAGCCCUUUUAUUGUGUAGACCAUAUUUGCAUAAGUACAUAGAGCACUGAUGCUGUUAAUGACAUAGCAAAGGCUCAUGCUGAAAUUGCCAGUAAAAAAAAGAA